AAUAGUACGCCUAGCAAUGCACCCUAUGAAUCCCCCCUAGGUGCAGGAAUUUACCACAACAUAGCAGAGAAUUUCGCAGAUCAAAAUGUGGUUGUAUCACCGCUACUCCUAGAAGCCACUCUCUCACUUCUCUACCUGGGAUCCGAUGGAGCCACUGCCGAGGAAUUACAAAAACUGCUCCGACUGAAGCAGCGCUUUCCCAGCAAUGCCAAAAUGGCCAACUUCUAUGCGGCGGAACUGGCCAAUAUAACUGGUGAUGCCGAUACCCGCCUGCAGUUACAGAACCGUCUGAUGCUCCAGACGCCUCAGGGAUCUGAAUCCGGGAUUGCCGAUGAUUUCCAGAAGAUUUCCCAAACCUAUUUUCAUGCCACUGCCGAGUGUGUGGAUCUGGAGCAACCAGAGAAGCUGCGUCGCCACAUAAACGAACAGAUCCUGGCCAGCGUUGGAGGCGGAAGCUGGACGGAGAUCCUCAUUGAAGGCGGAGGUCUAAUGGCCAAAACCCUGCUCCUGCUAGCGGGGAAUCUCCAGAGCAAGUGGUUCCUGCCCUUCAGCGCUUACCGAACGGGAUUGUAUGAGUUCCACAGCGGCAGCCAAGUGAAAUCGGUGCCCAUGCUCUUCGACGAUGAUAUGUUCGUAAAGUUUGCCGAGCUAAGGGAUCUCGAUGCCCGCGCCAUAGAGCUGCCCUACGAGCACGCCGAGGAGCUGUCCAUGUUGCUCAUCCUGCCUAACCAGCGCACUGGACUCGCGGAACUGGAGAAGCAGCUGCGUGGCCAGGAUUUGGGUGCACUGCAGCAGCGAAUGCAGAUGGAGGCGGUGCAGGUGCUGCUGCCCAAAUUCAGUAUCGAUUUCGAGUGCAGUCUGCGGCAGCCUCUGAAACAGUUCGGCUUUGAGGAGAUAUUUGCGGCCUCGGCGAACUUUAAGCAUUUGCAUCCAACUGGCAAUUUGCCUGUGGUCGAUGUUCUCCAAAAACUGCGACUAAACUUGAACGAGUCUGGUUCUGGUUCAGAAUUACCACGCCCUGCAGCAGAGUAUAAACCCAUUGUGAUCAGCAAUUCCUCGAGGCAGAAAUUCUUCCGAGCCGACCAUCCAUUUUUCUUUGCCAUUCGCAGUGAGAAUGUCACCUAUCUAAUGGGUCAUGUGGUGGAAUUCUAAUGCUCACUUGGAAUUUCAGAAAUGAGGAGGGAUUGUGCCAUAUUUAAACUUGUAUAAUAAUAAGUUAAAUAAAACUAAUAUUUACUAAACAA